AUGUUCGAUGUGAAUAUCGGUGAUGGUGCUCUACCAUGUAGCCAAUGUGCUAAGCGAAAGCUAUCCUGCAACAAGGGUUCCAAAGCUCGAUUCCGUUUAAUGUCAGAAGGAUCAAAAGAAUUUCCUUCGGAUCAGACAUGGUGUCGGACUAUUUCAAAAAGAAUCGAGUUUGUUGACCAAAGUCUAGAGAUCGCGAGACAGUACGAUGGUGGAUCAGAAGCUGAAGAUGAAGAGUUCCCGGCCGACCGUUUCAAGGAUCACGCGCAUAUUUCGCCGCCAAUAGCCGAGAACUGCGACCCAAACUCUCGCCUGCCCCCUGCUUCAAACAGUCUAUCUAUCGAGGAUCAGAUUAUUUCUCAGAUAUCACCUCAGACUGGCUCAGAUAUCAGCCAGUCACCGCUUAUCCGUGAUUGGGCUCAGCCGGCAUCGGAGUGUUCCAUAGAGUCUACCAUCAGGCAGUUCAAACGCCUGGAGCUCCCUCAAGCGGCCCUCAAAGAAAAAGAUAAGGCCCUCCUCAUUCGACACUUUGUCCAAGUUGUUGGCCCUGCAUUUGACUUUUACGACGAAGGCCGGAAGGUCGGGAGGGAGCUCACGGAGCGGGCUAUUUCUUGCCAGCCCCUCCUUCAUCUGGUGUACAACGCAUCUGCUAAGAGCCUAGGCCUCUCACUAGACUUGGAUAAUCCCUCUGAAAGUCUUGAUAGCCCUAUUGCUCUAUCGCAUAUCGAUGAUGGGAACAAUGGCGCGGCCGCCGCACUUCUCUCGAGGUUCAUUUUCAAUCUUGAGGAUAGACACGACUUGUCCCAAAGCUUCACGAUUCUGGACACCCCAAGUCCCAGAUUCCAUAUCCAGGACGAGUUUCAAGAAGCCAUCAUGUGGGCAAGCUUGAGACAAGAAGUGUUUUUUGCUCUCAUGAAUCAACGGCACGUAGAUGUGCCUGUCGAUCGCCAUGCGCUGGAAUCUCUUCUCCAGGAUCAUCUUCUCCAGACGGCAGACGACGGCACUUGGUGCAACAGAAUGCUACUGCAUCUUUUUGACACCAUACAGUACUGUUUCGGUGAUGCACAUAGUUCGUCCACGUAUGACCAACUAUUCAGUUACGCCAACACGUGGAUGUCUUCCAAGCCGUCAUCCUUCACUCCUGUCUUUUCCCAAGAUGGUCCUGAUGGCCAAAUUUUGCCCGAGAUAUGGUUUCUGCACAGCUGUGCAGCUGCAGGCAUGCAAUAUUACCAUUUAGUCAGAAUUCUCCUCACGGCACAUAACCCCCGUGUCCCCAGGAUAGGACCAGCAAAGAAGGCAGCCAUCGAAUGGAUUGACGAGCAAGUAAGAGGCCAUGCAAAGAUGGUUUGUGGGAUUGCGGAAUCGUUGGAAGAAAUCAACCCGGGUCACCUCUCUGCAUGCAUGGCUAUCGCUCUUGCUGGCGACUACUUUCACGAAGAGGAAGAGCAAGCAAUUUUACUAAACCUCAUGACCAAAACCUCGUCAUAUUAUGGCUGGUCAACGGGCUCAACCCAGAAGUAUUUGCAGGAGACUUGGAAGCUACCAGAAAGAUAA